GCGGAAGUCUUGGCGCAUUCACGAGCUAGGUCACAUUGGUGCCGUUUUGUACUGUUUUGAGCAGCUCUGCUACGAUGGAGGCAACAAACACAGAGGAAGUCCCUCUAAGGCAUGUGGAGAAGGAUGUUCUGAUCCCCAAGAUGAUGAGGGAGAAAGCCAGGGAGCUCUGUGCAGAAAGAGUUGAAGCCUUCAACAGCUGCUGCAAAGAGUCCGGCUUCCUUAUGGUGUUUAAGUGUCGAGAAGAAAACUCAGCCCUGAAGGAAUGCCUGACACAACACUACCAGGAUCCGGCGUUUUUCGAAGAGUGCAAACGACUGUACAUCCAAGAAAAACUGGAAUUUCAGAAGACGGGGAUACCGGCCAAGAACAGGACCCAGAAACUUCCAACCAGCAUGUAACAAUCAAAAUGAUAACUACGUGUCUUUCUUCUGGGCGCCCAGACUCCAGGAAUUCUGGAGGCAGUUCGGCCAAGUUUACCAGUCAUACUCACUACAAGACUGCAUUGUGUGAAAAUCUUUGGCAUAUUUACCAUUUCUUUGGUUUGCAGUAUUGGACUUUAAUUCAAAUGAUCUUGUUUAUUGUCCAGUCCAUGUGUAUAAUGAGUCAUAGGUGAAGUAUGUAGAAAAAAAUGACUACACAGGAUCAGUCCUGAGGAAUUUCUGGGACUGCAGCAUUUUAACCUGGAUGUUGCAUAUCCAGGUUAAAGUGCUGCAUAUGUGCUAAUUCGACUGGAUCAGUUGUAUCAAUGUCUCUGUUUGUUGUUUUUGCUUUGUCAUCAGCGCAAGACAUUGUGUUGCUUUUUGAAGAAUCAGAAAAAUAUUUGAAUGUUACAAAGAGAAAAGCUUGAAACAACCACUUGUAAUUAUGUGACGUUGCACAUAAUUUGUUUUCAAUACAGGAAAAAAUAGUUGCCAGAAUUAAAAAUAAAUAAAAAUAAACUGUGGCUUUUGAUAGUGCUUCAAAAAGACAUGUCAGCCGAUUUGAUAAGAUUGUAAUUUAUUUAAGAGUACUGUAGAAAUGUCUGGUAAAAAGAAAUGGCUUUAAAUGAAAAGUGUCUUGCAUGCAACACUCAUUGUAAAGUCGACGUGAAAAGAGUCCACACAAUUAAAUUUUUUUCAGUUUUAUAUACAAUUGUUUUAAUUAAAUAUUGUGAUUUGAGCAGGUGUUGCAUAAUGAACAGUGCACUCCGAGGAAUAAAAGUUCAACUGAU